GGUGGCGGCGGCGCCAUGGAGCUGGGGGCGGGCGCGGGGGCGGGCGCGGGCCCCGGCGCGCGGGGCGGCGCGGAGUCGGGCCGCGUUCUGCUGCUGCUGAUGGGCGGCGGCGGCGGCGCGGGCAGGGCGCGGCGGGGCGGCGCGGAGGCGGAGGCGGGGCCGGGUCCCGGUGCCGGCCCGGGGGGGGCCGAGGCGACGCGGGGCCCCGAGCCGCGCUCCCCGCCCGCCCCCGACUACGAGGCGCUGCCGCAGGGCGCCGCCGUCUCCACGCACAUGCUGGCGGGCGCCGUGGCGGGCGUCAUGGAGCACUGCGUGAUGUACCCCGUCGACUGCGUCAAGACGCGGAUGCAGAGCCUGCGGCCGGAGCCCGCCGCCCGCUACCGGAACGUGCUGGAGGCCCUGUGGCGCAUCGCCCGCACCGAGGGCGUCUGGCGGCCCAUGCGGGGCAUGAACAUCACCGCCACGGGCGCCGGCCCGGCCCACGCCCUCUACUUCGCCUGCUACGAAAAGUUAAAAAAGACACUGAGCGACGUCAUCCACGCGGGGGGCAAUAGCCAUGUGGCCAACGGUGCAGCCGGGUGUGUAGCAACGUUGCUCCACGAUGCAGCCAUGAACCCUGCCGAAGUGGUCAAACAGAGGAUGCAGAUGUACAACUCGCCUUACCAGCGUGUGACGGACUGUGUGCGGGCUGUGUGGCGCAACGAAGGGGCCGGAGCUUUCUACCGCAGCUACACCACCCAGCUCACCAUGAACAUCCCCUUCCAAGCCAUUCACUUCAUGACCUACGAGUUCUUGCAAGAGCAGCUCAACCCCCACAGACAGUACAACCCAGGCUCCCACGUGGUCUCCGGAGCCUGCGCGGGGGCUGUCGCUGCCGCUGCCACUACGCCUUUGGACGUUUGCAAAACACUGCUCAACACCCAGGAGUCCCUGGCCUUGAGCUCCAACAUCAGCGGACACAUCACAGGCAUGGCCAAUGCCUUCAGGACGGUGUACCAAGUGGGCGGCGUGACCGCCUACUUCAGAGGGGUCCAGGCAAGAGUCAUUUAUCAGAUGCCCUCAACAGCGAUUGCCUGGUCUGUGUACGAGUUCUUCAAAUACAUCCUCACCAAGCGCCAGGAGAAGCGGCGGGCUGGGAAGUGAGCCAGAGCCGAACGCCAUUCCAGACCUGCUUCACCUCCCCUCCUGGUUUGUCUUCUGACCCCUCUCCCUUUCGGUUUGGUUUAUGUUGAAGAGAGGGGGCAGCGAAGCCCUUUGGGGUUUAGCGAUGCCAUUUCUUGCCUGUGGCGGCUGCGGCUCUGCUCAGGCUGCACGGCUUGUUCUCUCCCAGGGUCCCCCGAGAUGUCCUGCUGGGAGCUGCAGCCCAGGUCAUGUCUCCUGGCACUUCAGUGGAGCUGUGCUCCUGUCCUUCCUGUAACCAAAAUCUCCUCUCACAUAAAGCUCGCUCCUCUGGGAGGGGAAGGUGAAUGUCCUGCCCUGCCUCUGGCAGGGCCAAGCUGAGCUUGCAGUUGCCAAGGAGGGGACAGCGGCACUGCCGAGGAUGCUUGUCUGGCUUUAGGCUGAAGCGAAGUGUAAGCCUUGCCGUUGUCUUGUAGCACGCACACGUGAUACUGACUGCCCCGAUGGUGGUGGGGAGGGGAGGAUGGCACUUGAGGAGGGGAGCCUGUAGGUUUGUUAUUGUUCCUGCUCUUGACACCUCCAAUAAAAACAG